UGCGUCCUGGUCGGUCUCUGGGAGCAGCAGCAGAGUGAGCCCUCUUCGUUGUUCCCGCCUCUCUGCCGGUCGGCUGCCACGUCAUCAGACGCUCCGUCACCACCAACAACAUCAGACAUGGCGGCGUCCGUCCGGGAGAAGCAGACAGUUGCUCUGAAGCGAAUGCUGAACUUCAACGCUCCUCCUCUGAAGAACACAGCAGCCGAGCCAGUAUGGAAGGUGCUGAUAUACGACCGGUUUGGCCAAGACAUCAUCUCCCCUCUGCUGUCUGUCAAAGAGCUCAGAGACAUGGGCAUCACUCUGCACCUGCUGCUUCACUCAGACAGAGAUCCCAUCCCUGAUGUUCCAGCCAUCUACUUCGUCAUGCCCACAGAGGAGAACAUCGACAGGAUAUGCCAGGACCUGAGGAAUCAGCUGUACGAGUCGUACUUUCUGAACUUCAUCUCUGCCAUCAGCAGAAGUAAAUUGGAGGACAUCGCCAGCGCUGCUCUGGCUGCUAACGCCGUCACCCAAGUCACCAAGGUGUAUGAUCAGUAUCUGAACUUCAUCACUCUGGAAGACGACAUGUUCGUCCUCUGCCAUCAAAACAAGGAGCUCAUCUCGUACCACGGUAACACACACACACACUCUCUCACACACACACACACCAUUAGCAGGAUGUUAUGUUGAUACCAUUAG